UUCAUAUUGAAAUGGUUUUAAAGGAUUUCCUCGAAACAUGAGGCAGAAACAUUAGCAGUUACAAUGAUUUUCGUACUGUAUUUUUUUACGUUUUCCGUAGAUUACAAUACUUGAAUUCAGACCUUACAAUAAGAUAAAAAAAUUUAAGAACUACCAGCAUUUUUCUGAAUUUAGAAAGACCAUAAAACGAAAUGCUACUACAUAUGUCGCUAUAGAAUACAUCGAAAAGGCAGGAUAAGUAUCUUAAUAAGUAGGGAUGAGCAGCAGGAAACAAAUUGCGAAUAUUUACAAGACUGCAAUUUUUUUAAGUCUCCGACUUCAUGUCAUUCCUUACUCCUUCAUCAGGAAACAUCACAAGGCAUUUGGAAAUGAUCAAAGUUGAUGUCGAAAUCGAAAGCGACAGUACCCGGAUCUCUAGGUUGUCUCUAAGCAUAGUACAAAGAGAGCUAUAAUUGGAAAUCUCAAACUAGCUAAAAUGAUCGGAAGGGAACCAGAAUGGUAUUGCUGAAGUAAGUUUACUGUAGGCCAUUGCAAGCUUAGUGGGAUUCAUAUAAUGGUCAAUUAGGCCUUUGAAGAAUUCUUUUCGGUGAUCGAUUGAUUUAAGCUUGAAAAAGUAUCUACAUUGACGUAGAAAUGCUACCGUUGUUUCAUAUUUGUUUACUGAGGAAACAUUUUUUGACAUGGAAAUAAAAAAGUAAUUCUAGAAGAGUGUGUUAAGUUCAACGUGGUGACAACACAAAUGGCUUUACUUGCUUUAGAAUAAAUAUGAGCAAGGAAGGCCUUAUAAAUAGAGCAACUAGUUAGCUAAUAGUAUUGUUUAUGAACACAUAAAUAAUUGCAUAUCAUGGAGCUUGUUACUUUCCUUUGUGACGCAAACUGCGUAAGUGAUGCGAAAUUUCCUGCUGGAACCAACAUUUUAUUUUUCAAUUCCUGCCAACUUGGCUGAUCGUGAUUAAAGCCUGAGCCAUUUUAGAUGAAAGAUUGAGAUUCAAAUUUACUUUGAGCUAAAUCCCGUUCAAUUUCGCCUUUCUUAGCGGCUUCUGAACAUUUGCAAUUUUGCAUCGAAUACGGAUCAACAGCUUUUAUGUGACGUUCUUUUGCUAAUUAUUCAUUGAAAUUUUUCUUUAUUUAUUUUUAGGAUGUCGGAAAAGGAGCUGAAACUGGAUUCAAGCGACCCUCCUGCGUACAACCAUGCUAAUGUUUACAAUGUUGAUCUCGAAAAGGGACUUCCUUUGAAUACACCAAAAGACAAAAACAACCCUUCCAAUUCAACAUUUGUUAAAGCCAAACAUAACAAAAAAACGAUAAUAGUUGAGUCCGACGACUUCAAUGGUUUCUUUACCGACUUUAGGAAGAAUAUAGAUCAUUAUUUCCCUGAAAAUGUAGUCGUUAAAAGUAAAUGGAUGUUUUUCAGUUUGAUAUUGGUUUUAUCAUUGCUUUGUACAUUAGCAAUCUCCCAUCGUUUCGAACUUUUUUCUUUUCUGAAACAAGUAUAUAUGGAAAAUGGAUGCAGUUGGGCCCUUCUUGGACCUUCAGGCAUUUUUCUUGUGACAUGGGCAAUAUUCUUUGCUUCUUUCUGUGCACUUAUUUGGCCUUUCAUAUUGACAGUACGGAUUGCCGCUAUAGUUGUAAUCUUUAUCGUGGUUGGUCUUGCAUGGUACGUUAGUACUGGCUUCAAAGGUCUUGCAUGGUUCGUUGGUGCUAUUUUUUGGGGAAUUCAUAACAUUCUUGUUUUUGGCCUUGGAAUGGAAUUUGAGCGCUCAGCUGAAAACACCGGUUCGCCUACGCUGCCCAAAUAUCAACAAAGGGAUCAUGCACUAGCUCCUCCGUUGACGACUACAAACGAAGAAAUAGAGCUGCAGCGCAAUCCUACCACUCAAAUUUACAGCUAAUUUGUUUACCUUUCUUUCAUCAUGAGCUUUAACUCUUCCGAUCGAGAGUUAAAUAAGUGAAAAAAAAGAACAUUACAAG